AUGAAGACAUUGGAACAGUGCUUCGGACGGCCAGAAGUGAUUAUUGAUCGUGCCUUGGACGAGUUAAGAAAGACGUCCAAGCCCGGCUCAACGGCGACGGAACUCAACAACUUCCCGAUCAAGAUUCAAAAUGUUAUAUGUGUGUUGCGGAGUAUGGAUCGCCGUGAGUACCUCUAUAAUCCACUUUUGACUCGUGAAGUGUUAGAAAAGUUGAGCCCGCACAUACGAUCACGAUGGUGUGAUUACGCCUAUGAAAAUGAAGGAACGGCUGACCCAGAGAUCGUCGUAUUGUCUCGCUUCCUUAUGCGAGAAGCGGACAGAGCGUUGAAAUAUACGUACGCUCCGUCUGCGGGAACGAGCAGCGCGGCGAAAAGAGAACUCAGACCGGCCAUCGCGAUCAAGAGAAAGGCGAGCAACGUAUACACACUUGAACAAGAAGAAAAACAAGAGUGUCCGGCAUGCAGCGAGGCGCAUGUGUUAACGCAGUGCCCUAAGUACAAAGCACUUAGCGUCGAACAGCGAUGGAACCUGAUCAAAGAAAAGAAGCUGUGUUUUAAGUGUGCGAACAGUACUCAUCGGCGCAUAACAUGCAAAGCCAAGCUGUGCGGUGUGGAACAGUGUCGUCGUCCGCAUCACUCAUCGCUGCAUCAAGCGGAAAAGAAACCGGAAAACACAGAGGUACGUGACAAGGAACAAGUAUUGUCAGUGACGCCGAAAACGAACGUCGGCGCACGCACCGUGCUUCUGAAGAUGUGCCCGGUCGUAGUCGCCGGUCCACGGGGGGAGGUGAGAACGCACGCUCUCCUCGACGAAGGUGCCACGGUGACAUUGAUGGAUGAAGAUCUCGCCGAGAAGAUAGGUGCAGACGACCCUACACAAGCACUGCACCUAAGCGGCGUUAACAUGGCUCAAAAGGAAAAAGCCAGCAAGUUGGUGACGGUGCGAAUUAGAGGUGUGACAGAAGACGAGCCACACUCAAUACGAGCAAGAACAAUAAAGCACCUGAAACUGCACCAACAGACCAUUCCGGCAGUGCUUAUGAAGUUGAAGCAUUUAAGGGACCUGCCGGAAGAAUUGUGCUAUGAACGAGCGCGCCCAGGCAUCUUAUUGGGCGCGGAUCAUUGGGAGCACAUUGUGUCGCGAGAACUGCGAGUUGGCGGCCGCAACGAACCGGCUGCAUCAAGGACGCUACUCGGCUGGGUGGUGCACGGUACGUUACCACGUAGCGUCAUAACAAAGAAAGAAAACGUGCUUCAUAUAUACGAGCGGGAGCACGACGGACUGCAUAACCUCGUGGAAGAUCACUUCAAAAUAGAAGCGCUCGGCGUCACACCAGAACCGAGAGUGAGUGACGCAGAUCGACGAGCCAUCGCCACAUUGAAGACGUCUAUAAGGAAGAUAGACUGCGGGUACGAAGUCGGCUUGCCGUGGCGACAAGACAACACCGCCAUGCCGCCGAGCUACAACGCGGCACUUCGACGCCUGCGACAAAUCGAGCACAAGAUGGACGCCUCGCCUGAAUUUGCCCGCGAAUAUACUGCACAGGUGAAUAACCUUAUAGAAAAAGGAUACGCAGUGAGGUGCGACGGGUCAGAAUCAUCGAGCCCCGUCUGUUGGUACCUCCCUCACUUCGUGGUGCAGAACCCGAACAAGCCUGGCAAGCAGAGGUUGGUGUUCGACGCAGCGGCGACAAGUCACGGGGUGAGUCUGAACGACCACUUACUGGAAGGCCCUGACAUGUUGAUGUCUCUGCCCGGAAUAAUGUUUCGGUUCCGGGAGAGCGCUGUAGCAGUCACAGCGGACAUACAAGAAAUGUUCCUGCGAAUCAAGAUCCGUGCCGAAGAUCAGUCAGCGCAGCAAUUUCUGUGGCACGGUAACGACCGAACCAACCCGCCGCAGCGAUUUAAGAUGACCAGCAUGAUCUUCGGUGCAGCGAGUUCACCAUUCAUGGCGCACUUCGUAAGGAAUCACAACGCCAACGUACAUGCGCAGCUGUAUCCCAGAGCAGCGGAGGCCAUCACCAAAUAUCACUAUAUGGACGACUUGGUGGCCAGCUACGAUACACCCGAAGAAGCGCACGAAGCCAUAGAGGAAAUGAAGACGGUGCACGCGGCGGCGGGAUUCACUCUGCGCGGUUGGAACUCGAACGACGAGAGUGUGCUUCGCGACGUGCCCCAGAGUUGCGCUCGAAUCAGCCCACGCAACUGGGGAGAACAUCAACACAGCAAGAUAUUGGGACUGCGGUGGGACCCGGAGCGAGACGAGCUGGGAUUCAACACAGCAAUGAGCCGAGUCCCGAAAGAAGUAAAACGCAAGUGCGCACGCCCACCAAGAGAGAAGCCCUCAGUACAGUCAUGUCGAUCUACGAUCCACUGGGACUUCUCAGCGUGUACACCAUUCGCGCCAAGAUCAUCCUUCAGAACUUAUGGCGCUUAA